AUGGGGGAGCACGAAGCUAAGGAAGACGUGGGUCCGACUCGGGCCAUUGAGCCCGUGUUUGAGACCAGCUCGGCGCCGACGGCCGAAGAGGAGAAGCAGGAGCGCAUGCUGAUUUGGAAAAUCGACGUACACAUUCUGCCUUUCGUGGUCUUGUUGUAUUUGUUCAGUUUUCUGGAUCGAGUAAACAUUGGCAAUGCUCGCCUAUACGGCCUCGAAGAGGACCUGGGCCUGGUCGGUGACCAGUACCAAAUCGCGGUAUCGAUUCUCUUCGUUACAUAUUGUUUCUUCGAGGUGCCCUCGAACUUGGUCAUCAAGAAACUCAGACCGUCGCGAUACAUUGCAGCUAUCUCAGUAAUAUGGGGCAUCAUUGCAACCCUCACGGGUAUCACCCAGAGCUACGGCGGCCUCAUUGCAUGCCGAAUCUUGCUCGGGGUUGUAGAAGCAGGACUCUUUCCGGGGUUCAUGACCUACCUCACUCUCUUCUACAGCAAACGCGAGAUUGCCCUGCGAACAGGAUACCUAUUCAGCAGCGCCGCGAUUGCAGGGGCCUUCGGUGGACUCCUCGCCUACGCAAUCGGCUUCAUGGACGGAAUCAGCGGGCUGCGGGGCUGGCGCUGGAUCAUGAUUCUCGAAGGAAUCCCGACCGUCGUCGUCGGCAUAGCCACCUGGUUCUUUCUCGCCGAUGACCCAAACACAGCCUACUACCUAAACAAGGAAGAACGGGCGCUCGUCACGCGUCGUCGCGCUCGCUACGUGGGCCAGACGGAGUCGGCUCAGAAGUUCCACUGGGCGGAUGUGAAAGAAGGGGCGUUGGAUUGGAAGAUCUAUGCCUUUUGCAUCGGGCAGUUCGGUGUCGAUACUAUGCUGUACGGGUACAGCACCUUUCUUCCGACGAUCAUCGAGGGAAUGGGGAAUUGGUCAACGCCGCAGGUUCAGGCUCUCACGAUUCCAUGCUAUGCACUGGGUGCAAUCGUAUACCUGACCGUAGCCUGGCUGAGUGAUCGGACCCAGCACCGCGCAUUCUUUGUCUGCGUUUUCAGCGCCAUUUCGGUCAUCGGGUAUGGCAUCUUGAUUGCAGAUGUCCCAUCGGGGGUUCAUUAUUUCGGUGCUCUCCUCGUUGCACUGGGUUUGUAUGUUACCGUCGGGCUACCGCUAGCCUGGCUCCCGACCAAUCUACCCCGAUAUGGCAAGCGAACAUUUGCCACGGGGUUGCAGCUUACCAUUGGCAAUGUCAGCGGUGUCAUGUCUCCGUUUUUAUAUACAAACUCCGAGGCACCGCGGUAUGUUAGAGGUAACGCAGUUACUCUGGGUUUGGUCGGCUUUGCUGGUGCUCUGUACGGUGUGAUGUGGCUUGCUCUUCGUAUGAUCAACAAGCGACGAGCGAGGGGUCUUGAAGAUGAGAAAAUCGCGUCCCUUUCGGAGGAAGAGAUCCAAGAAAUGGGUGACCGGAAUCCGAGGUUUGUCUACAGCACUUGA